AAUGAUCUACUUAACGCGGAGGUGUCGCUCGACCACAUCCGUACCGUUCGCACUUCUGCCGUUGUUGCUGACGCUCUUGCCGAUCAGCGAGCUACGGGCGAAGGGCGAAACGGCAAGCACGACGGUCCGUGGCUACCGGGUGAACGUUACCGAAGAAGGUGUUUUGAAGAAGGUGACGGACGCGAGGGCGAGCAUCUUGGACCUACGCAGAAAUGGCCUUACCGGGGUCGAGGACGGGGCCUUUUCCGAAUGUCGGAACGUCGCGGAGCUGCUGAUGGCCGACAACGACAUAGCCGAUCUGCUGCGAGCCGGCCUGUUUCGAGGGCUGAGGAACCUCCGGAAAUUGGCGAUGAACGGGAACUUGGUCAAGGGCAUCGAGCCCGGCGCCUUCGCCGUGGCCGCCGACCUCGAAGAGCUUCACCUGGCUCGGAACCGGGUGGCCAGCCUGGCACCCCACACCUUCGGAGGAGCGAGGGGCCUGCUGCACCUCGACUUAUCGAGGAACCUGAUCGCGCGGAUAGAGGACGGGGCCUUCGACGGACUCGGGGAGCUGAGGGAGCUCUACCUCAGGGGGAACCGCAUCGUUCGAGUCGGAGAGGCGACCUUCCGAGGCCUCGUGAGCCUCCAGUGGCUUCAUUUGGGCGAGAACGAGGUGACCCAGGUCGGUGAACGCGCCUUUACCGGGCUUCCGAGACUCGGGGGCCUCUAUCUGGCCUUCAACGGAUUGUCGAGGGUGCCGGUGAACGCCCUGGAACAUCUGCCUCGCCUAAAGGACCUCUUCCUGGGACACAACAAGCUGGUGCGACUGCCUCGGAGUGGCUUCGCCGGCGCCGCUCGGCUCCGUAGCCUCGACAUCGGGAACAACCUGAUCGAGGCCAUCGACGACGGCGCUUUUCUCGGCCUCGCGUCCCUCCGGACUUUGCGCCUGUCGGGGAACAGGAUUUCCAAGAUCCGCGUCAACGUCUCCUUCACGGAUAUCGUCGCCCUCCAGGACAGCCUCGACGAACCCGUAGUUUCCCAGGGUUCGUUCCGGGGGUUGAACAACCUGCGGAGUCUGCUCCUCGCCCGCAACCAAAUCACCGUCCUCCCCUACGAGGCCUUCAUUCAGCUGCCCAAUCUCCGGUUUCUCGACCUAUCCGACAAUCGGAUACACUCGAUAAACAAUUGCGCCUUCAACGGCAUCGAGAAAUACGUUCAGGUCAACCUCAGCGGGAAUAACGUCACAAAAAUUGAACCCCUCAGGUGCUGACCCGCUGUUUCCCGUAUCGUUAUAGUUUUCCCAGGACGGCGCGUUGUCUUUAAAAACAUAUAAUACCGUCUGCCGGGUCUCGUGACACUUGUGGACGAUAUUCGUAAGGUCGGCGAAAUUACCGCAACGGACACACGUUACGGGCUGAAUUCCCGGUCUCAACUGAAAUCGAGGAAUAAUGAGAAGGGGGAACGGAGGAGAAGGUUGUACGCGACCGAAACUGGCUGGUACGUGAUCUGGUUGAGUGUGUCCAGCAACGUGACGUGUUUUAUUACACGUCUCUUCGGUGGAAUAAAAAUGAAAAGAACGGUAGGUGAACGGAAUAACAGGAAAAAUUUAUCGCACAAGCACAGCGCGUGACGCUUCUGGAAUUAUCCGCAAUACCCGAUGUAAGAACGUCGCAAAUUAUAGUUUCAAGUAUACGUUACACAACGUAUUUACGAACACUAAUAAAGCCACAUCGACGAUAAAAUGUAGCACAUAUUUUUUACUGUGGAAAUAAAGUGUAUCUCUCGUUA